CAGGUUUUCCUCGUAGGGCGAUAUCAACUCGGCCGGUUUCUGGUGUGUUAAUUGUGUGGUGUGAAUGGAGCGUAAAUCUAUAUUUGAAACAGGCGAAGUGGAAUGUGCUGGGCAUGGUUUGUGUAGGACCGAACUCAAAGCCUCACCCUUUUAAUAUUUACCUGUAACAAGAAGCCUACACACCAAUUUUGUUUCGGACACUACUCACCACGACCCUUACCAUCGCUGAACGCCGUUGAAGUCAACACCACACCAUUGAUAUAUUUUUUCAUUGUGGACUAAAAAGCAGUACAAGUGAGUGCUGGAAAUAAUUAUUAUUUUAAAAUCGUAUUUUAUAGUCCAAGAAAAGGUUGGGUGUUGUCGUUGAACUAGUUAUCAGCUUUGUUGUGGGGCAACUCACAGCUUGUUUUCUCAGCUUUGUUGUGGGGCAACUCACAGCUUGUUUUCUCAGCUUUGUUGUGGGGCAACUCACAGCUUGUUUUCUCAGCAUUGUUGUGGGGCAACUCACAGCUUGUUUUCUCAGCCUUGUUGUGGGGCAACUCACAGCUUGUUUUCUCAGCUUUGUUGUGGGGCAACUCACAGCUUGUUUUCUGGUCCAACUGCUAGUGUUCGUUUUACUUUAAUAAUCGCAACUGUUCAUCAUAGAUAACUAUAAAUACUAUAAUACUGUCAUGAUUAGACACAAACGUAUUAUAUAGGCCCCUAUCCCAUUUUUGUUUAGCGCACCAAGUUGCUGAAUGGUUUUCUUUAAAUUUGGCUUUUGCUGAUAAGUAGACUUCAAUUUAGAUGAAAUCCCAUCGUAUCAUUGACCAUUUCGAAGUUUCCCCAGGCAACUUUGAUUGCAAUUUUAUUUGAAGACGAAUAUUUAUAUUUACGUUUAAUGCAUAUUUCAUUUCAACAUGUCCAAAUACGACUGUACUCAUUUUAAAGUUACGUUAAUUUAAUGACGAAUGCUUCCCUUCCGACUUUUAAUGACGUCAAUUUAAUUUUAUAUAUAUAUAUAUAUAUAUAUAAACAUAUAUUCUGGUAUUGUAAUUUAGUAAAAAAGCUACCCAUUAACACAUGCCUUGCAAGUGUCGUCCUUUAAAAUGCUGAAUUUUUUUUUAAAAAAAGGUCAACCCCCGGGGCCGGGGCUAGUUGAAGUAAGUGCGUUGAUUCAGAGAUGAGUGGUACACUGCAAUGGUCAGCAUAAAACUAUUUAAAACUCCACAUUCCUAUUAAAAGCACUCACAAAUUAUCUAACCAUUAGUACAUACAUUAUUCAUUCUGACUGUAUGAAGGAGUACUGGGUGGUCGAGUGAUUCAAACUGAGGCAAACCCAUGCUUGUUGACUGGAGUUCGAUCCUUGUGAUUUCGUCCUAAACCAUCCUCAUGACCUCAUCAGUUACAGUUACAGAUUCGUCCUAUAAAAUCUGCAGUAUACAAAAAUCUUCUAGCAAAGAAAUAACAAAUGUAACGUUUUUAAAUUCAAACAAAUGUACAUAUAACUUACCAAUUGAUUACCAUUAUUUCUGUCAAGUCAUAUUUACAAAUGAUGACGCAACCCUACCACAAUGUUAUUAUUUCAUGAAAUAGAAAUCUGUAAGAUAGUGUCCUGGAGACCUUUUGUUUAGGCUGGAUAGUCUUGAUGCAACCUUUUGUUUAGGCUGGAUAGUCUUGAUGCAACCUUUUGUUUAGGCUGGAUAGGCUUGAUGCAACCUUUUGUUUAGGCUGGAUAGUCUUGAUGCAACCUUUUGUUUAGGCUGGAUAGUCUUGAUGCAACCUUUUGUUUAGGCUGGAUAGUCUUGAUGCAACCUUUUGUUUAGGCUGGAUAGUCUUGAUGCAACCUUUUGUUUAGGCUGGAUAGUCUUGAUGAAACCUUUUGUUUAGGCUGGAUAGUCUUGAUGCAACCUUUUGUUUAGGUUGGAUAGUCUUGAUGCAACCUUUUGUUUAGGCUGGAUAGUCUUGAUGCAACCUUUUGUUUAGGCUGGAUAGUCUUAAUGCAACCCUUUGUUUAGGCUGGAUAGUCUUGAUGCAGUAUUUGAAAGUUCCCAGCAAGGGAAAUGAGGACAUUUGCUUCGUCGUUCGUACAUAGUUAAUAUGCGUAUGUGGUGCACAAAUAAGUGAAAGUAUUUAAAACACUAAACACUGAUUAACGCUUAAUGGAAAGCUUUCCAUGGUGAAAACAAAGUUUGUGCAACCACUAUAGAAAUUGGAAACAAUGCGUUGCAUAUUGGUUUUGAUCCAUCAUUGAACUUGAAGAUCGAUUGAUCUGAAAAAAUGAAAAAAAAAAAAAAAGAAAUCUCUGAUUUAGUUACCUUGGAUUUCGUAUGAGGGNGACGAUGUAGAGAAGGAAUUACAGCAGCGGGGGGGGGGGGGUCCAUCCACGGAGGCGAAGGCCAUGGAAUCGGCCAAAUGGAAGGAUGUGGCGGAGCAGGCGAGGACUCUACAUGUGUUUUACACCGCUGAUGGGAUCAUUCGUGAUCAUCAUCAUUACCAGUGCGCUAAAAAGUGUAGUGUAGAAUAUAAGAGGAAAGCCGUUAGAGAUACAACUGAAGUUUAGAAAGAUCUCAUCGCUAAGCUUGAAAUCGGUUCACGUAUGGCUGAUCUCGUUAAUAUGUUCGUUAUGCCAAACUUGAAUGUAUGUACGAUUUUUUAAAAUAAAGAAGCUGUCAAAGCAGUGGAUGUGGCGAAAGGGGUUUUGAUACUGACCCCAAGUGAAACGAAAUGUAUGGGCUAUAUUUAAAAAAAAAACCCACAACAUUCCUAUUAGUUUGGAGAACUAUAAGAAAAUGACUUGGAUCCAUAAAGUUUGUGGGACCCAGGAACGGAUUCAUCCAGUUUCUAUUAUUUUAAGGUGAAAAAUUGUCUUAGAAAUCGAACGAUUUGGAACUGGAAUGGGUGUCUGAAGCGGAUUAAGUUCUGACUCCAAGGUACCACGGGUCACGCUUACUAUAUCACAUUACAUCUUUGUUUUUUCUCCUUUUAAUUUAGGUCCACGGUCACGAUGGAAGACGCCAAGUACACCGAGGAAAUGGUUUUAGUAUACCACUUCAAGUACAUGCGAGAAUACAGAGGCGUUUCUGUCCUGUGGGCCGUUCUCACGAUCAUUUGGUGCAUCCUCAAUAUCGUCUGCUUCGUCCAGCCUCAGUGGAUCGGUGACACGGAGGAAUCCAUUGGAUACGGCCACAUCGGCGUCUACGCCUACUGCUAUCCCGACGCUGUCAAUGGUAAAUACAUCUGUUCUGGGUCGUUCACAGAUUUCGACACCAUCUUGAACGGCUCGUUUAAAGCGAGCACCUUCUUCUGUGGAGUUGCUGCCCUUCUUAUGCUCAUCACUGUGGCGGCGCUGAUGCUGUUCUUCUGCUUCAAGAAGACUGCGGUCUUUGUGUUCUGCGGGAUUCUGGAGCUUGUUGUUGGUGAGUAUAAAGCUAGACUCAGAUCUUGGGUGUGGCGUUAUGAUUCAUGGCUAUGGAUGACCUGUCCCAUAUUUAUAACUUUGAGUUUGUGCAAAUCAUUAUAACCUUUAAGGGAGGGGUCUGUGCAUUUUCCUCUGUGAUAUUUUCCAAGUAACUUGACUAGGUACAAAAUACAAUUACAAAUAAUUUUCCUUUCGUAUUUAUGAAAUUAAAAGUUAUGCGACCCUUUAUGAAGGCGACUAUUCCAUUUAGACUAUAUAUCUAAUCUACUUUUAGUUGGGCUCGCCCUGCAAGUUUACUGUAAAUUAUUUAGGCCAUUUUCAUAGCGCAAUGUCAUUGUACAAAACCAAUCAAUCUCAAUGUCUGCCCCGUGUUUAAUUUACAAAGAUGGAGUGUUUUAAAAAUGAAUUAUUGCAAUAAAGAUGUAGCCUACAAACAUCAUCAAUACAUUCGUAACAGUUUAUGUAGUAAUAUUAUAGAAAUUCUACACACUUAUAAUAGUUGUUUGAUCUCACGAAUUCUUUUAAAACAAUUUCAUGUUACCAUUUUGAUUAUUUUAAUUCGAGCGCUUACAUAUAGCAAUGUCACUCUCUCACACACAUACAUACACACACACACACAUUCAUAAACGAUUUGAAAAGGAUGAAUGGAUGCAUAGGAAGGUGCUGUGUGAAGUAAAUAGUCUAGUAUUAAGAAUAGACACACAUUGAACGAGGUUACAGAAUGAGGGACGCACUGCCCCGCUACUGAUAAGUCUCUCGCAAACAUGACUGACUUCUUGUGCUUUUUAAAAAUGGUUUGCAUAUGGAUUUGAUUUUAAAUGUUAAUAAUAACGCAUUGUUUAUGUUUUAUAGAUCAAUUUGGAGAUCUUUCCUUUCAUAAUAACAGAUUUUAUAGUCUGUUUCAUAAAUAAUAAUAAUAAUAAUAAUAAUAAAGUUUAUUUCAAAAUCACGCUUCAUCCCCAAAGGCUCGAAACGCGGUACAAAGUAAAAAAAAAUAAAUUAAAAAAAAAUAAAUAAAAAAAUGCUGCUAUGAGAAUAUCUUUAGUAUCAGAGCGUAUCGUUAUACUAAGCAAACCAUUUUCAUCCAAAUCAGUCGUGUCGAUGUGUUAGCUUUUCCACAACACAAUAUUGCUAAUCAGUCUUUAAAUAAAGUUUAAAUUACACAAGACAAGGAAUAUGAGAUAUUUGACUAGUGAACGAAUAUUUAUAGAGGAGAGUUUACUGGAGGAGUAGACGGCUACAGAGGAGGGACAUGUUAAGGGAGGUAAAUGGUGAGGGUAAAAAACAGGGCAGUGUCUACACGUCCGGCGACCGGACAAAUAGUGCGGUAGAUAUUCUUCCGGGCGGGCAUGUCACGUGACCGCCGGACGACUAUGAGUUAUUUAUUAUUCCGGCAGACAUGUCAUGUGACAAGAAGUCGCCGGCAAACUAUGUUUAAAAAGUCCGUUAUCUUGUUUUAAAUAUCUUAUAAAGCUCUACCCAGAAGCCUACAUUUAAAGUAUGAAUUAUCUUGUUUUAAAUAUCUUAUAAAGCUCUACCCAGUAGCCUACAUUUAAAGUAGGAACCAAAGAAAAUAAGACCAAUUGACACAAUAGAUAUACUGUCAAAAAAGUUUUAUUUUAGGCUACUAAUAUUGCGUGAGAAGUAGGCUACCCCAACAGCACCUUAUAUUGAGCCUAUAUUAAGAUGUUGGGUCUAUUUCUCCCCGCCUUAAUUAUUUAUCACCCUCACAAUAAUUUUUAUCCUUUCUCUCUCGCUCUCAGUAUUUCUUCCUUCUAGUAUGCAUUGCUAUCCCCCCACCCCCCCCACACACACACAAAUCCACUUAUUUCAUGAUAUGAAGUGUAUACUCGUCGCCUCCAAUGCAUCUCCGACGCCAGUUUUAUGAUCGACUAUUAGCGGUCACGUGACCAGACUGACGGACAGAUAUCUCGCACAACUUUGUUACGGUGGUCAUGUGACCUGGUCACCGGACGAAUAUCUCGAGAACUUAAUCGUCCGGUCGCUGGACAUGUAGACACUUCGCAAAAAGAGAGUCAUUGGUAAUGUGGGAGAGGGUUGAGCUAUAAAAUGUACAUACGUUCUUAAAAAACAAUUAUUUCAUAGCUCAAGCUAUUGGUUUUAUUGCGUUCCUUUUGUCAGGUUUGACCAUACCUUAUUUGACCCAUUUCCUAUUCAAGAUAUUUAUGGUCUCGAUCUGGGGUUUGGAAAUCGACGGCCCGCGGGCCACAUCCGGUCCGCGAUGUCGGUUUAUACGUCUCGCUCUGUUAAUAGUGAUUUUGAACCCACAGAAGAAUUAGCCUCUGCAUAACAACAAUGAGGGACAUAUUUUCAAAAAGGUUCAAAAGUCCAUCGGAGUCAAGAAUAUGCUGCACAAGUUGAAACGUUCCAUCAUCUAAUUGUUGGCCACUCCGUCCUGUGAUCAAAUGCGCCAUAGAUAUCUUAGGUGGAUCUUUCAAGUUUCCAUUCAUGGCUCACAUAGGUGGUCCGAUACCUCAUUGCCGUAGAGGAGCGUACUAACUUGUGGACGCGUAGUUUGGUCCUCUCUGUAAGAUAAUGCGUGUGAAAAGCUUUAAAUAUUUUGAAAUUCGUUGGUUAUAAUGAGUUUUUCUCAAACUGGAAAACUUAAAGGUUUUGAAUAUGUAUUUUGGGGACGGGAAUAUUACGAAAUCCACCCCAAAUUUUCUUGUGGUCUCACUUAACGUAGAGAUCGAAUGUGCAGCAUUUUCAGUCAGUUUAAAUUGCCAGCGCGUCACAAACGUUUAUGUUUGGGAACAAACUUUUCAAUUAAAUGAGACAAGACAUGAAAGAAAUUAACAACGAAUUAAAACAAAACAACACUAUUUUAUAAAUAGUCAAUUGUUAAUCAGCAAUUAACUUAAAAAAAAGGAAGUACUUCACAACAAAGCAGUGCUUCCAAAACGAGCUUUAAAUAAUAAUGUCCUCGUUUUAUAGCCAUUUUAAUUGUUUCUAUAGUAUAGUAGUUACUAUCCUAAUGUCUCAUUUUUAUUUUAGUUAGUUUACAUGUUUUAAAUAAUUGUAAAGCGCUUAGAGCUUUAAGGUAAGCGCUAUAUAAAAAUGCCUAAAUAAAUAAAUACAUAUCUUCUAUCAUAUCCACCAUUGGCUCAUGUUAAAUUGAUACCAAUGAAAUACCAAAGGUAGUUGUGGUAGACUGGUGGGUGGGGGACAAGUCACGAUUCAGAUAAAGUAGUUUGAUCAAGUCAAGAGAAACACCAAAUCACUUGUCUGCGCACAGGGAAAACCCCUUUAGAUCCCGAUUCAGAAUGCGUAGUUGAAUACAAAUCUCAAAAAUAAAAGAACAUAUUUCACAUUGCUCAUCUGAUGGCAGAGGGAUUCUAAUCUUUAGUUAGCAUGGCAUCAACUAGAUCUUAAAUUUUGUUCCUUUUACAAAAUAUCUUUUUAGCCCAUGUAGAACAUUAUGCAAUAUUGUGUUACAUAUAUGAAUGUGACAAAGGAUUUCUAUAAAAUUCAAUCCUGCUAUAUGGGUUAUAUAAUUAGAACAUGUUUAUCUGACGCAGUUAGAGUGCUGCUCUAUUGAUUGCAGCGUUACAGGCAAACUUCAUCGGGACACAACAAAUAAAAUACUUCAUUUAGAAUUUUAAAGUUAUUUUUUUUUUACCCUUUAACAUAGUGACACUCGCGUGUCGGUAUUAUAUCAUUUCUAAUAUUUAGUUCCUAAUUUAAGGAACAAAAAAAUCUUAAAAUUGCCCCCCCCCCCGGCACCUCCCACAUAAAAUCGUAUCCGGAAAUUUAAUCGAAAGAAAUUUCGUCGACGGUUAUUUGAUCGAACGAAAAUUGAUGUGCACACGUUUAGGUUUGAUAAUGUGCACAAUUUAGGUUUGAUGAUGUGCACACGUUUAGGUUUGAUGAUGUGCACACGUUUAGGUUUGAUGAUGUGCACACGUUUAGGUUUGAUGAUGUGCACAAUUUAGGUUUGAUGAUGUGCACAGGUUUAGGUUUGACGAUGUGCACACGUUUAUGUUUGAUGAUGUGCACACGUUUAUGUUUGAUGAUGUGCACACGUUUAUGUUUGAUGAUGUGCACACGUUUAUGUUUGAUGAUGUGCACACGUUUAUGUUUGAUGAUGUGCACACGUUUAUGUUUGAUGAUGUGCACACGUUUAUGUUUGAUGAUGUGCACACGUUUAUGUUUGAUGAUGUGCACACGUUUAUGUUUGAUGAUGUGCACACGUUUAUGUUUGAUGAUGUGCACACGUUUAUGUUUGAUGAUGUGCACACGUUUAUGUUUGAUGAUGUGCACACGUUUAUGUUUGAUGAUGUGCACACGUUUAUGUUUGAUGAUGUGCACACGUUUAGGUUUGAUGAUGUGCACACGUUUAUGUUUGAUGAUGUGCACACGUUUAUGUUUGAUGAUGUGCACACGUUUAUGUUUGAUGAUGUGCACACGUUUAUGUUUGAUGAUGUGCACACGUUUAUGUUUGAUGAUGUGCACACGUUUAUGUUUGAUGAUGUGCACACGUUUAUGUUUGAUGAUGUGCACACGUUUAUGUUUGAUGAUGUGCACACGUUUAUGUUUGAUGAUGUGCACACGUUUAUGUUUGAUGAUGUGCACACGUUUAGGUUUGAUGAUGUGCACACGUUUAGGUUUGAUGAUGUGCACACGUUUAUGUUUGAUGAUGUGCACACGUUUAGGUUUGAUGAUCUGCACACGUUUAUGUUUGAUGAUGUGCACACGUUUAGGUUUGAUGAUGUGCACUCGUUGAAACGGGACGUAGGAAAGUCAUCUCUUUACAUCCGGGUGUCAGGUUUGUGUCACCGAGAGACCAAUCUAUAAUCUAUGUCAUCUCACUAACUUGCUGUAUGUCAUCUCACUAACUUGCUGUAUGUCAUCUCACUAAUUUGCUGUAUGUCAUCUCACUAACUUGCUGUAUGUCAUCUCACUAAUUUGCUGUAUGUCAUCUCACUAACUUGCUGUAUGUCAUCUCACUAACUUGCUGUAUGUCAUCUCACUAACUUUCUGUAUGUCAUCUCACUAACUUUCUGUAUGUCAUCUCACUAAUUUGCUGUAUGUCAUCUCACUAACUUGCUGUAUGUCAUCUCACUAAUUUGCUGUAUGUCAUCUCACUAACUUGCUGUAUGUCAUCUCACUAUUUUGCUGUAGGUCAUCUCACUAACUUGCUGUAUGUCAUCUCACUAACUUGCUGUAUGUCAUCUCACUAACUUGCAAAGUGGCGCUUUGAUUAUUUAAAAAUCCAAGGAGUGUCAGUUAAUAGUGUCGAUAUUUCCACGACACACCUUUCAUAAACACAGAUGGACAGUUAAAUUACCCCCCCCCCAACCUGACUUUCACGAUGGAUUUCUCCUUGUAAAAAUAAAUCCACAAUUUAUCAAUGACAAGAAACAAAAAACAAAACAAUCUUUGAUUAUUUAAAAAUCCAAGGAGUGUCAGUUAAAAGUGUCGAUAUUUCCACCACACACCUUUCAAAAACCCAGAGGGACAGUUAAAUUACCCCCCCCCCCCCAACCUGACUUUCACGAUGGAUUUCUCCUUGUAAAAAUAAAUCCACAAUUUAUCAAUGACAAGAAACAAAAAACAAAACAAAAAAAACAAAAUUGAAGUUCAGGAGGUCAAAGGUCAAUGUGUUUAAGAACUGUAACAGCGUUACGUUAUCGUUAUUUUUACAUUAAAUUGACCUCAUUAAAAAUGUUCCUUCCCUGGUUUUCUUAGCUGCACACCUGUCCAUCACUUGAAGCAAAAUCAACAUCCUUCACCGUAGCUAUUUAAUUGAUAUUAGAGCCAGAUCAAAAAGCCUUGACUGUUCCAUGGUGGAUCGUAAAUAGAUUUGAUACGCUUUCGUUUUGAAAAGCUCUGAUCACUUGAAGCCUCAUACACACAGAUCGUAUGAAACAACUGAAGGCUUAUCGAGAGUACUGAAAGAGAUUCAGGAAAGUCUCAUUCAGCUAUGAAUUUUAAGACAUCAAAUACUGACCAACCAGUCGAUGACUUUGUGAAAUUCAAUUUCAGCUACCUUUAGGUGUCUUCUAAGCCUUAAUAUUUCUUUUUAAAAGCGUAUCUUGUGAUACUUCAACAUAGAAAGAGGUUAAUUUUCUUACGGGCAUCAAUAACUCUUCUUCACUACCUUAUAGUAGACUCUUGGGUUGAACAGCCCAAAACAUAUCUGCUACUUUCUUGAUUGUAGAUGAUCUGUAGUUCAGAAUGAAAGCUGUCAAUACACCACAACAUCUCCAUACUGUUUUCUUCAGGCAGAGAGAGUCCAGCAUCUAGUAACUGUUCUCCUGCCAUUCUCUUCUUAAACCUUAAUCUUCUUUCUACAGAAAUUCCGGAUUUGUCUUAUUUUAAAAGUGCCUUUUCAACAGCAUGUUCCACCAAGUUACAGCGCUUUCGUGGAGAUACAAUCUUGAGUCCUCUAGGUUGGUCAACACUUUAUCAAGAGUAAAGAGACCGACCGAAUUUCGGCUUCCGUUUCGGCGCCGAAAGUGGCCAUUUUAUCACUUUCGGUCAAAUUUUGGUUUCGUCCGAAAUUGAAAAGUUAACUUUCGGCUUAAUUUCGGUUUCGGCCGAAAGAGAAAAGUUAACUUUCGGUUUUUCUUUGGUUUCGGCCAUCCGAAAGUGACUCAGCGAAAGCGAUAUUUAACAACAUACUAAGCGACAUUUAAGAACAAAUUACGCGAUUUUUUAGAACAAACUAAACGAUAUUUAACAACAAACUAAACGAUAUUUAACAACAAACUAAGCGAUCUUUAAGAACUAUCUAAGCGAUCUUUAAUAACAAACUAAACGAUCUUAAAGAACAAGCUAAACGAUUUUUAAGACCGAACUAAAUGAUCUUUAAGAACAAAACAACUGAUCUUUAAUAGUAAACUAAAUGAUUUAUAAGAAUAAACUAAGCGAUCUUUAACAGAAAACUAAAUGUUCUUUAAGAACAAACUAAAAGAUUUUUAAGAACAAAUUAAUCAAUGUUAAGGAACAAAAUCAAUUAUUUUUAAAAACAAACUAAGCGAUCUUUAUGAAAAAACUAAGUGAUCUUCAAGAAAAAAAUAAGCGAUCUUUAACAACAAACUAAGCGAUCUUUAUGAACAAACUAAACGAUCUUUAAGAACAAAUAAAGCGAUCAUUAACAAAAACUAAACGAUCUUUAACAACAAACCAGGCGAUCUUUAUGAACAAACUAACCGAUCUUUAAUAAAAAAUAAAGCGAUCAUUAAUAAAAACUGGACGAUCUUUAACAACAAACUAAACGAUCUUUAACAACAAACUAAGCAAUCUUUAACAACAAACUAAGCGAUCUUUAACAACAAACUAAACGAUCUUUAACAACAAACUAAGCGAUCUUGACAACAAACUAAACGAUCUUUAACAACGAACUAAGCGAUCUUUAAGAACAAAUUAAGCGAUCUUUAAGAACAAAUUAAGAGAUCUUUAAGAUUAAACUUAGCGAUAUUUUAGAAAAAACUAAGCGAUCUUUAUGAACAAGCUCACCAAUCUUUCAGAACAAACUAGCUGAUCAAUAACAACCAACCAAUAACAACCAACUAAACGAUCUUUAAAAACAAAUUAAGCGAUCUUUCAGAACCACAAUUUUUAGAGAGCCAGUUUAAAAAAUAAUAUUUUGCAUUAUUUCCCCCCCCCACCCCAAUUUUUGGCAAAUCUCUCCUACCAUACUAAUUAAAAAAAAAAUUGUAAAUCAAUUUAAAUUACUUUUAUAUUAAAUUGGUAAAAUCCAAAGUAUUCAUUAGAUCAAAGGUCUCAAACUCAAAUCAUCAGGGGGAGGUGGGGCGCAGGAGGAAGUGUCUGAAUGAGAGUGGGCCGCAUCAAGUAAUCCACAAAAAAAGCGAUUACAACUGUUACAAUCUGCUCAACCUUUAUAAAUCACAAUAAAACCAUUAAGGGUUCUCAAGAACUAGGAUUCCCUUUCAUCCACCUACUCACUGUUGCAUACAAAAAUAUGUAGAAACAUUUAAAACAAAUCAGAAUUAGACUAGUCGGUGAGAUUCGACUGAAACCGUCGCGGAGAGUCACGUUAUAGAUAUGAGAAUGGGGGAAACGGGCCGGCGCAUUUACACUAAACUUUUCUGUCAUGUAGCGGGCCGCAAACUAUCGUCUUGCGGGUCACAAAUGGCUCGCGGGCCGCGAGUUUGAGACCCCUAUAUUAGAUGUUUAUUUAUUAAUAUCCACGAUUAUCUCAUUUUUUAUAAAAAGAAUGUAAAUAUUUAUACUUUCCCACAUCAUUUUCGAUGUAUGCAGAAUGUAUGCGGGAACGAAUUUCAAAAUAUCUUUCAUUUUCGGUUUCGGCUUCGGUUCGGCCAGAAUUCAUUUUUAACUUUCGGCCUUUUUUUCGGUUUCGGCCGAAAUCAGAAAAUCACUUUCGGUCGGUCUCUACUUACACCUUCAAUUUUACUUCACAGCAAUCUUCAUGUUCCUGGCCUGCGUCAUCUUCCCAUCUGGUUGGGGUGAACAGCGAGUUUACGACCUAUGUGGAGCCGAGGCAGGAGAGUACAAGAUAGGCAAAUGUGGGGUACGCUGGGCCUACAUCUUGGCCAUGCUGGGAAUUUUCGAUGCCUUUGUGCUGGCUCUUUUAGCGUUUUUCCUGGCAUCCAAGAGGGCGAAGCCCGGCAAGCAAGCACGUUAUGUUAAUGGAACAGUUACAAAAUGUAAGUUUUGAAAAGAGUUUUGUUGAGAUAUUAUCUGUGAAAAGUAAUGUGUUAGCAGCUCAAUAGUAUUAUGUUCUUUUCCUGUCCAUUUUAAUUAUCGCAACAUAUGUUCAUAUUUUUGAGCUUUUUAAAAAAUACUUUAGUCAUCAUGAAUUUAAAUUCGAUUUAACUUUUAGUCCUAAACCUUUAAUGCUAACAGAGUGAAAUAUACAUUUUAAAAAAUUGUUUCAUCAUCAGCUGAACAGAAUUGGGAAAUUCUUCUCUAAAACCUAUUUUAAUCUUUAUAUAUAUAUAAUUAUUUCGUUAUUAGCUGAAUUGAAUGGUGGCUACUCUGAGACAAUGUCCAAGAAGUCCAUCGCCAUCCAGCCCCAAGUCCUAGCAGUCCCAGCAGACGGUGUUGGUGGCGAGCCAGAUAGAUACAGUGAGUUCUCACGACAUUCAGAAAAACCCAGAUCUCGCGGAGGAUUCCAGCUUUAGGGUGUGUGUCAGAUAUUUUCCUUGGUCUAUAUUUAUCGAAUUUAAAAUAAAUUCUAAAAAUAUCAACAACAAAAAAUUCCCUGGAACAUUAUAAUAAUUUGAUGUGGAUUAAAGGUGGGAGGGGUGGGAUACAG